CGUCUCUAGUCUGCUCGCUGUGUUGUACAUCAUACGCCUUUCGCACGCGAUGCCCUCCUCCUACCGUCAUCCGACAUUGACACUGUGUCUUCCAUGUCGGCAGGUCUCUAUGUUACUAUUUCGGCGCUGCUAUUACCUCGGCUCAUAGUCGUCGGUCUCGCGCUGACGCUGUAUUCUGUGUGGAUUGGUCUAUUUGGUUCUCUCUCGACUGGGUCGGUCCGCGAGGAUCCCCAGUCCGAUACUGCGGACCAGGUCGAAGGCAUGCAAGCCUCCCCAAUCUCAGUGAGCGCGCGCAAAACUUGGGUUGCAGGCCUUGCCUCCUCAUUUUUAUGCUGCCUUGCCGCGUGGGUUGUAGGUGCCUCUCGCCAUUCGUGACCCUCCCUAUCCUCCGAACCUGACCCUCCAACAAUUCCUCAAUUUCGGCUCCAUCUUUCUGGCUGUAGGUGUAUGUCUCCC